AUGAGUGAGAGGCGAAGAUCGGCGGUGGCCCUCAGCUCCCGAGCGCACGCUUUCUCAGUAGAAGCCUUGAUUGGGACAAAUAAAAAGAGGAAACUGCGAGACUGGGAGGACAAGGGGCUGGAUUUGUCCAUGGAAAGCCUCAGCCCCAAUGGCCAGCUAGGGGACAAUGAAGACCCGACUCAGUGCCUGGACCUCAACCCCGACUCAGAGCAGAGCACUGGGUCAGACACAGAGGUGCUGGCAGAAAGGACAUCCUGUUCAUUUGGCUCCCAUUCUGACCUUACAUCUGGUGGCUCAGGUCCUCAGCCUCCUCCUCCUUCAUCCAUGGAAGAGAUCCAGGUAGAGCUGCAAUGUGCUGACCUCUGGAAAAGAUUCCAUGAUAUUGGGACAGAGAUGAUCAUCACUAAAGCAGGCAGGAGAAUGUUUCCAGCCAUGAGAGUGAAAAUUACAGGCUUGGAUCCCCACCAGCAGUAUUAUAUUGCCAUGGACAUUGUGCCUGUGGAUAACAAGAGAUACAGGUAUGUGUAUCACAGCUCCAAGUGGAUGGUGGCUGGCAAUGCUGACUCCCCUGUGCCCCCGAGGGUUUACAUCCACCCUGACUCGCUGGCUUCUGGAGACACCUGGAUGAGGCAGGUGGUCAGUUUUGACAAGCUCAAACUGACCAACAACGAGCUUGAUGAUCAAGGCCAUAUAAUAUUACACUCAAUGCAUAAAUACCAGCCCCGUGUUCAUGUCAUCCGCAAGGAUUUCAGCAGUGACCUUUCUCCAACAAAACCAGUUCCUUCAGGUGAUGGGGUGAAAACCUUCAAUUUCCCAGAGACUGUCUUCACCACCGUGACAGCCUACCAAAAUCAACAGAUCACCAGGUUAAAAAUUGACAGAAACCCUUUCGCUAAAGGUUUCAGAGACUCUGGGAGAAACAGAACGGGCUUGGAGGCCAUCAUGGAGACCUAUGCCUUCUGGAGGCCCCCUGUGCGCACUCUCACCUUUGAAGACUUCACUACCAUGCAGAAACAGCAAGGAGGCAGCACAGGUACCUCCCCCACAACCUCCAGCACGGGGACCCCUUCGCCCUCCGCUUCCUCUCAUCUUCUCUCUCCAUCCUGCUCCCCCCCGGCCUUUCAUUUGGCCCCCAACACUUUCAAUGUUGGCUGCCGGGAGAGUCAGCUCUGCAACCUCAACCUGUCUGAUUACCCCCCGUGCGCCAGGAGCAACAUGGCUGCGUUGCAGAGCUACCCGGGGCUGAGCGACAGUGGGUACAACCGGCUGCAGAGUGGCACCGCCUCGCCUCUCAUCAACAGCAAGAUGGAGGCGUACAGCAGCCAGCUGGGUUCAUUCCCCAGCUCCCAGUUUCAGUAUGUCAUGCAAGCGGGCAACCCUGCCUCCACCUCUUCUUCCUCACACAUGUUUGGUGGUGGCCACAUGCAGCAGAGCUCCUACAAUGCCUUCUCCCUUCACAAUCCCUACAACCUCUAUGGAUACAAUUUCCCUGCUUCCCCAAGGCUGGCAGCAAGCCCAGAGAAACUGACCACCUCUCAAAGCACUUUACUCUGUUCCUCCCCUUCCAGCGGGGCCUUCGGAGAGAGGCAAUACCUUUCGACAGGCAUGGAUCAUGGGAUGCAUAUGAUCAGCCCUCCGUCCAGCAACCAGCAGACAGCCAACGCCUGUGACAACAGACAGUACGGUGCUGUUCAGGGCUCCUCCUCACAGAUGUCUGUGCACAUGGUCUAACGAGCGGUGCAUCUCCUUGGAAUUGAAGGCAGUCAGACCUUCAUCAUUUCCAUGGGUGAACCCAUCCUGGUACCUUUUUGCCUUUAAACUUAUAGUGGAACUAGUAUUGUAAUAAUAAAUAUGAACACAAGCCGACUAGGUAUGUGCCACAAAACCUCAUGGGAAGCCUUGACUGACAGCCACUGCAGCUUGUAAUCCAGGGCCUCCGGAUCUGGCACAGAGCAUCUGCUCUUUCUGGACAUUGCAGAGAGAAGGGCAUAACUUUUGAGAGAAGCUGGAGUGAAGCAGCUGAAUAUACAGUUUACGCAUUAACUCUUAGCUAGUGUGAGCUCUCAUGCGGAGGGAGCUGUGCCCCUGUGCUGUCUCCUCUGGGGGUCAAAGAAAGGAAGCCUCUGAGGACCUCAUCCUGCAAAGCUGCACUGCCCAUGAGAGGCCAUAGCCUUAAGGGCCUUCCUCUUCCUGGACCGUCCAUCACUGCUGGAGCGGCUCAGCCUGUUUCUGAAGUUGCCCCUUCUCCCACUGUAGCCAAGGAAUGUUACUGAGCUGGAGCUUUUCUUCCCAAAGAGAUUUCUGCAUUUUGACUAUGGUUCUGCCUGAUUGACCAUUUCUUUGCAUGGGUUGAGCUCACCAGCUCCCAGCCUGUAGAGAUGGGAGACAGAGAGAGAGAGAGAGAGAGAGAGAGAAAGGGAGAGAGAGAGAGAGAGAGAGAGAAAGAGAAGUUUUAACUCACAAGUGAACCUCUGACACGAGCAGGGACUGACUGAUCUUCAGAAAGACGCACAUGGGGAGAGGGGGCUCAGCUCCUGUUGAUGUUACCCAAAGUGAUGCACCAUAAAAAAAAAAAAGAACAACAGUCUGUGUGUGCAACAUAUGAGUCCUAUAGCACUCAACUCAAUGGGAGGAAACUCUUCAGACUGAGCUCAGGGGGAAGAGUGAUGAGAAAAGAGAGCUCUGCUCUACGGCAGUACAGCCGGCCUCCUUCACCUUGCAUGCAAGAGUUGCCAUAGAAAAUCAUUAGCAUUUCAGUAACAGUGAGGUCGAGUAUUCCCCAGCCUCCCGCCUGCCACAUGAUCUCUGUUUAACCAAAUAGAUCAUUGCCUUUUGACAUCUUUCUUUUCUGUUUUUUCUUCUCUUUUUUUUCUUCGAAUCCUUUAAAAAUAAGAAAACAACUGAAGCUUGGUGCAAGCUAUGCAUUUAAGUCGUGUGAAAAUGCAAAUACCAAGUAACAGAAUACAGAUAUUAUUGAGAUUUGUUGUGAGGUGUUGUAGAUAAAUGUAUUUAUAUGCCUAGUGGGGAAUUCAAUAUUAUGAAUAUAAAAGAGGGCAAUAAAAAUGGUAUGUAAAAUAUGUAUGAAGAAAAAAAGGUGUAUAAAGAUUUGCCCUAUGCACGGAACUCUGUU